GGAGGGGCUUUUCAGCGUGCCUUGAAUUCGGGAAACCUUGUACAAUUUUCACUCGGUGCGUAAACGUGGCCUGCCAUUCGAGUAUUUGGGUGGUGUUCAAACGGUCAGUGCUGGUUUCUCUCCGUUCGCGACACCGAACAUGACGCCGAAGAUGCUCGGCCUAGCUGCCCUGGUGGCAGCUCUGUUUUACCUAGCCUGUUCAACUUCUGCAAAACCGCUUACACAGGGUCUAGAGCUGAGCUCUGCUGAUCGGCUUCAUUACUUUGGCCAAACGGAAGCACAAGAUUAUGAACUGGUCUCGCCGCGAGUCGCUCAGAGGAGGCGGCGAGCGACGCGGGGUAAGCACAUCGAGACCACUAAGAUUGUGGCCUUCCAAGCCUUCGGCGAAGAUGUUUUGGCCGACCUGAAGCCCGUCCAAGGCCUGAUCGACGCAGGGACCCUGGUCCAUGAGAUCGGCGAGGACGGCAAGACGGUCCUCGGUCAACCCGAGGAAUACUGCUUGUACCAGGGGACGUCUGUGAGUCACGAGAACUCGGCCGUGUAUGGCAGCGAUUGCGGUAACAAGCUUGAAGCAACUGUCACUACGGACAAGGUUUCACUCCACCUCCAGCCGUUGAAGCCCGAACAUGUGGAGAAAGACGGACCCACUCACAUGGUGGUCCGAAGGAGCAUCAACAGGGAAGCCUGCAACAUGAAUGCCGAAAGAAAUUUUGACACUCUGCAGACGAGGCGAAAGAGGUCAACAACCGAUCCUAUCUACGUGGACACCUCAGUUGUGGCUGACGACUUGGUGUACAAAACCUAUCGCAACAACACCAAAAACUACAUCCUGACUGUUUUGAAUCAGGUUGCUGGACUGUUGAAGGACCCGAGUUUAGACGUCAAAGUCAACUUGAAAAUCAACAAUAUCAAGAUUCUCAAGACACCACAGGCUGACCUGCCUCUUUCAGAGGAACUUGAGAAUUCCCUGCGGAACUUUUGUGAUUGGCAGAAGAGAAGCGAUUCUGAUAUUUCGAUUCUUAUCACAAGGCAUGACCUGGUCUCUGCUGGCAAUCGCAAGAUCACUGGCAAAGCCGCUGAUGUUGGAGGAGCAUGCGACCCAAACAGACGCUGCCUUAUUGGCCAAGAUCACGGACCCAGUGGACUGAUCUUCACCCUCGCGCAUGAGAUUGGGCACAGCCUUGGCAUGUACCAUGAUGGAGGACUGAGUGACUGCGCUAACAGGAAGAACAUCAUGGCAUCUGUCAACUCUGGUGGGCCUGACGCCUUCCACUGGUCUGAAUGCAGCAACAGCGACCUCCUCAACUUCUUGGCUCAUCCGGAGUCCAAGUGCUUGAAGGACAAGCCAAAGUCUCUGCCCGAAUAUACUGAUUCCUCCAUCCCCAUGCCUGGCUUUUACUACAAUGCCAGCCAGCAGUGCGCCUUGACCUUCAACGAGAAUAGUGCCGUUGCCUCGGAGGUUCUGAACAAACCAGAAAUUUGUCAAGCUCUGGUUUGUAAGAAUGGCAAGGGAGUCCCAGACUCCACCAACGUACCUCCCCUUGAUGGAACCCGCUGUGGUACCAAGAGAGAUAUCUGCAUUCAGGGAUCAUGCCUGAAAGUCUACAGCACUUUUGACUGCGAAGGUGGACCCUGCAUCCCAUUCUGGCUGGCUAGUAAUUUUGUCUGCACUGAUCCGGUAAACUGCACAGCGACGCGCUCGGUCCUGUGCGUGGAAGAACACGAUGACGGCACCACACGACGGGUCGCCGACACUUCGCGGUGCCCAACAGAGAUCCCGUCGACCACUGGAGUCUGUCCCGACAAUCCCUGCAGGUAUACCUUUGUCGAAGGAGAGUUUAGUGAAUGCCCGGUAUCUUGCGGCACUGGUAUCCAGAUUCGUAGUGUUGUUUGUCAGGACCAGCUGGAAGGAGUGGUCGUGGAGGAUCUGCUUUGCACGCAAACCAGGCCAUCAACGACCCAGCUCUGUAAUGCGGGUCAAUGCCCAACAAUCAACGUCGAAUAUGUCAUGGGAGAAUUCCAGCCGUGCUCGGUGACAUGUGGGACGGGAGUCCAAGUGCGAUCUGUGGAGUGCCGCGACAAUGAGGGUAACCAGGUGGCCGAGUCGUUCUGCCUGGAUGCGGGUCUGAGCAGACCGUCGUCUACCCAGGCCUGUGAUACGGGCGUCAGCUGUGGCCUGCGCUAUGUGGCUGGUCCUUAUGGUCAGUGCUCGGUAUCCUGUGGCAUUGGUAUCCGCACCCGCAUGAUAUACUGCGUGAACGACAACAACCUCGUGGUGGCCAUCACCCGGUGUCAGGAUGCGUCCUUGGAGGUCCCCACCACAGACACCACCUGCGAAUUGGAGGCGUGCCCGACGCCAGUCUACACCGUCGUCCGGGGAGCAUUUGGACAGUGCUCAGUUAGUUGUGGGAGUGGCACGGAGAGCAGACUUGUGGUCUGUCUCAACAACAACGUCCAGGUGGACAUGCAGAACUGCAUCGACGCCGGACUGACCGACCUAGGGACGCAGCGGAAUUGCACCCUUCCUGCUUGUCAGCCAGACUACCGCUUCCAGAUGGGACCAUAUGGCGAGUGCUCUGUGACUUGCGGGGAAGGGCAGCGCUUUCGUGACGUCCAGUGCCUGGAUCAGAAUGACCAAGUAGUGGAUGUUACCAACUGUCUAAGCUUUGGUCUGAUACCGCCUGAAAGCACCAUUGUGUGCUCCCUGGAUGACUGCCCGACGUACGUCUACCAAGUUGGGGAAUUUGGACCGUGCAGCGAGACAUGCGGCAAUGGCGUACAAAUCCGCACCGUGGUCUGCAUCAACAACGACACCAGGGUAGAGGUGGCAGACAGCAUCUGUUCCGGGGAAAAGCCGGCCACGACUCAGCCUUGCAACCUGACGCCGUGCAUCUCCUUGCUUCAGUUUGUCAGUAGCCCCUUCAGUGCCUGCAACUGCAGCGGCCUUCAGACCCGGCUGGUCGUCUGCAUCCGGCGCUCGGGCAACAUCCUGGAGCAGGUGCCUGUGCAAGCCUGCCUGGACGACGGACUGGACCCCUUGCCCACCUCCCAGGAGUGCACUCCACCCUCGACCUGUGUUCAGCUUAACCCCGUCUGGCAGACCACCGAAUGGAAUGGGUGCUCAGUGACCUGUGGCGUCGGUACCCAGGGUCGGCUGGUUUACUGCAUUGAGGCCCCUGGAUCCACCAACAUCGUCGAUGAGUCAGAGUGCAUUGCAGAGGACAGACCACCGGCCUCACAGGAGUGCGACACGCAAGUGGAGUGCCCAACGGCAUAUCUGUGGUUGACCUAUGAUUGGGGACCCUGCAGUGUGACCUGCGGCCUGGGCUUUGAGUCUCGCGACGUCUUCUGCUUCAAUCUUGGCGACAACUUUGUGCAGGUUGAGGACUCUCUUUGCAACGCUGGGGAGAAGCCCCCCACGGUCCGCCCCUGCAGCCUUGACCCUUGUUCCGCCUCCUGGACAACAUCGGACUGGUCCGAGUGCUCUGUGAGCUGUGGCCCUGGUAUGCAAACGCGCACCGUCGCCUGCCAACAGACCAAAGACCCCAACAGCAACUUGGUGGAGGAAACGGAGUGUGUGGCCGAGGACCAACCUUCAGCCUCCCGCCCCUGCUACCUAGCCAUCUGCCCCGCCCCCUACGGCUGCGAGACCACGUACAUGUUGGAGGGCACCGUCCAAUACACAGACAGCUCGCCGGGCUUCGCCAACGGCCAGAACUACCCCAACGACCUGGACUGUGACAAGGCCUUUGUGGCUGACAUCCCGGCCACUGAGGGGCGCAGGCGUCGGCGAGAGACUGAAACAGAAACCCCCCAGUACUACAUACGGCUGACCUUCACAGCCUUUGAUGUGGAACCUUCGCCAGACUGUUCUUUUGACUACCUAGAGAUUACGGACGUCAGAUACAACACCUCUGAGCGCCUCUGUGGCAACUCCUACGAGCUGCCGCUGGUCUGGACCUCGGUGGGACCUGACGUUAACAUGUUCUUCCACACAGAUGCCACCGUCACCCGGCCGGGCUACUCCCUCAUCUACAGCGCGGUGGAGAAGGAAGACCCCGCCCGCUACGUGUUCUCUGAGUGGUCCGAGUGCUCAGUCACCUGCGGGGAGGGUGUGCAGACGCGCGAAGUCACCUGUGUCCGUGGCAACCAGACGGUGGAUGACAUUGAGUGUAGCGGACUGGAGAGGCCCGCUUCCACCCAGCCCUGCGAGGAGGAGGAAUGCGUGGAGCCCAGCGUGUGUAGCGGUGAUCUGAUUCGCACCGAAGACAACAGCUUCAUUCUGUCACCGGACUUCCCCAGCUCCUACCCAAACAACGUGUCCUGCUUCAAUGUGGUUAGGGCUCCUGAGGGCAUGGUGGUGCAGCUCACGACCACCUUUUUCAACCUUCGACCCUCGGCAGACUGUGAGGACAGGGUUCUGAUCAAAGAUGUGAAUUCAGACGGUGAUCCUCUACAGCUGUGCGGUACCCAGGCUCCAGGCGUUAUCUUCACCUCCAUCACCAACGAGAUUGCCAUCACCUUCAUAUCGGCCGAGACUGGACCCAUCAGUCCAAACGGUUUUGGCUUUACCCUGCAGGCCAACUUCAUCAAUGAGCAAGGAAGCCCCUGCGGUCAGGAGAUCACCACCUCCGGCCAGGCUGUCUACUCGCCCAACUACCCUGACAAUUAUGACAGCAACCAGAAUUGCCUGACGGUCAUCCGCAAUGACAACGGCUGCAUCCAGCUGAGAUUCUUGGACGUGGACCUCCCUCCAUUCGACGGCCAGUGCUCGGACUUUGUGCAGUUGGUGGAUCUGAACCUGGUGAACGUCAACACCGGUCCCAUCUGCGGCCAGGAGAUCCCCUCUGUCUUCUACUCUGCCACCGGCCUCCUGACGGUCCGUUUCUUCUCUGAUGAGAAUGGCCCGACCCGGCGCGGCUACAAUGCCGUAGCCCGCUUUGUGGAGUGCACUGCUGGGCUGUGGUUUACCGGCCCUUAUGGCGAGUGCUCGGCCACCUGUGGCGAGUCAUACCGUACCCGAACAGUGGUCUGCCAGGAUCCACGGACAAUGGACGAGUUGGACCCAUCCAUGUGCCCGCUGGAAGUGCCCGAGUCGACCAUAGAUUGCGAGGUGGAGGAAUGCCCAAGCUGUGACGUAGAAAUCACCGCUCCAGGGGAUGUAAGUGCUCCCAUCUCGCCAGGAGAUUUGAACUGUGUGGCAAAUAUAGCCAAUCCAGAGGGCUGCGUCACCAUCAAUUUCUUGGGCUUGGACCUUGUGCCCGACCUCCCUGGAACCUGUGAAACGGACUACCUAGAGAUCAUUGAUGCUGCUAGGCAGGAACCAAUCAAGAUGUGCGGGUCGAUGACCCUGGAGGUUUACCAGUCACUGAGCGGCAACGUACAGCUCAUUUUCCAGAGAUCCUCAUCGCUAUCGAUGAUAUCAUACUUUGCUUAUGUCUCCUUCAACGCCUGCCCUGUCAAUGCUUACAUCACAGGCAACUGGAGUGAGUGCUCGGUGACUUGCGGAUCUGGUGUAAGAACUAGAGACGUCCAGUGCAUGGACUUGAUCAACAAUGUCCCCGUGGAAGACGCUUUGUGUCAAGGCGAGCGCCCCCCGUCGGAGGAAACCUGCGACACUGGUGUAGAAUGCCCAUCGUGCGACAUGGACAUCGACAUUAACGAGGGCAUGUUUGUAACCAGUCCUGGCUUCCCCGAGGGCUACACGCCCAACCUGAACUGCCUAUACAACUUCGAUUCCCCACUCGUGACGGAGUGCAUCCGCUUGACCAUCCUGGAGGUGGAGCUUGGUGGAUCGGGGGAGGAUGAUCUGUGCUCGGCAGACUAUGUGGAGCUCAGUGGCCCGGCAGAACAGGCACCGAUCCGUAUCUGCCCCGAGUCUGGUCGCUCUAUCUCCUGGUACUCGCGCAGCAACCAAGCCACCCUGAGGUUCGUCACAGACGAGGAGGGCUCCAACUCUGGCUUCAAUGUGUACAUUGUAAAUGACAAUUGCAUUGAGUACGACUACGACGUGGGACCCUUCGGCCCGUGUAACGUCCGUUGCGGGGGCGGAGUCAGGACCCGGGAUGUGACGUGUAUCAAACUGGAUGACCAGUCGCCGGCGGCCGAUGAGCUUUGCCGCAACCCAGCUCCCUUAUCCAGCAUGCCUUGCAACACGGAGCCAUGCCCUGUGUGUGAUGAGACUUUGCUCCCCGGCAACGAGCUGAUCACGAGCCCUGGGUUUUCCAGCGCCCCAGGCCGGGGUUACGAGAGCCUACUUGACUGCACUUACAACGUCACCAACCCAGAAGGCUGCCUCUUCCUGACUUUCCUGAGCUUCGAGCUCCAAGACUGCAGCGAUUGCACCUGCGACUCCCUCAGCAUCUAUGAGAACGGCGAGUUGGCACUUGAGCCCCUGUGCGGUGAUCAGACGGGCCUAACCUGGGGAUCCUCGGACAGCAACGCGAUCCUGGAGUUCCGCACAGACAACGCAGUCUCUGCUCCCGGAUUCAACAUUUACGUGGCUUAUGUUGAGUGCCCCGACGUUUAUUUCUACACCGGGGAGUACUCAGAGUGUGAUGUCACCUGCGGGGGUGGUACACAGACACGUGAGGUCUCCUGCCGAAGCCGCACUACGGGUCUGGAAGUGGAAGAGGCCAUGUGCACGAGCACCCGACCCCCUUCCUCCAAGUCCUGCGCAGAGCAAUCUUGUCCAUUCUGUGACGAGGUCAUCACCACGCCCUCUUUCGUCGCCAGUCCCGACUACCCAGCGAGUUACCCUGUCAGCAUCAACUGCAACUACGACAUCCAGGCUCCCCUGGCCAGUUGCAUCAGCAUCACCUUCGUGGUGUUUGAUUUGCAGGAAGCCGAGGGCGACCCCGCAGUGUGUAGUGAUUUUGUCGAGAUUUCAGAUACAAGGACGCCCUUACUGGACAGGCAGUACUGCGGAGCUGCCGGCCCCAAUGAAAUCCAGUGGAACUCCUACUACGGCAACGCACAGAUACGCUUCCACUCAGACGAGGAAGACACCUCCCAGGGCUUCCGCGCUUAUGUUGGCUUCGUUAGCUGCCCGGACUUUGGGUACAUGGCCACCGAGUUCGGCGAGUGUUCGCGACCUUGUGGUGGAGGAGUGCAGACACGUAUUGUCACCUGUGUGAGGUUUGCCACUCUUCAAGAGGUGGAUGAUUCCAAUUGUGCAGAUGAGAGACCGAUCGAAUCGCGCCCCUGCAACUUAGAGGAAUGUCCAGAGUGUGACCAGGCCGUCCUGCAGACCCGUCAGAGCGUGUCCAGCCUCAACUUCCCCCAGCCCUACUUUGAGUAUUCCUGCAACUACCUCUUCAUCAACCCCGGGGGCUGCGUGGAGCUUCUCUUUGUCCAGUUGGAGAUGCCGGAAGCAAAUGCCGGCGGCGUUUGCGACACAGACUACCUCCUGGUGGAGGACUUGAGCAGCCGGCCAUUCUCCUACCGCAUCUGUGGCCGCGAGAUUCCGGGCAGCAUCACCUCGCGCGGUGAGACCUUGAACGUCACCCUCGUCACCGAUGGCAACCCAGCCACUUUUGGCGAGGGUUACCAACUCUACAACCUGUUUACCAACGACUGUCCCCAGGUUGGCUUUGUGACCGGCGAGUUUGGAGAGUGCGAUCGCCAGUGUGGUUUUGGCCAGCGGACGCGCGAGGUUACGUGCGUCGACCUGCAGUCCGGCAUUGAGGUGGACGAGAACCUGUGCACGGACCGCAAGCCCGCCAGCACCGAGUUCUGCAACACCCAGCCCUGCCCAUCCUGCGACAGGACCAUCGACUCUUUCCCGCAGGCCCUGGACAGCCCGAUGGAUCUGGACCUUCAACGUACAUGCAGGUACACCUUGGAUAGCGAGCGCUGCAUCCGUGCCACCUUCCUGCAGUUUGACUUCCCCGGGGAGAAUGGCAUGUGCGGCGACACAUUUGUCGAGCUGCGGGACGAAGGAGCCAAUUACUUGACGGAGAGGUUCUGCGGGGACGGGCCUGGGGCCACAUCGGGCCAGACACUGUACGCCUGGGAGUCGCGAACAGAGGACGUGGUUUUGACACUGAAUAGCGGAAGUAGCCUGACGACUGAUAACAGUUUCAGGAUAUUCUUGUCACAGUUGGAUUGCCCGGAGUUUGCCUUUGUCACUGGUGAAUUUGGCGAGUGUAGCGUAACAUGUGGGGAUGGUGGCACUCGAACUCGUACCGUCCAGUGCAGGCGCCUAGUGGACGGUAUAGCGGUCAUCCCCACAUUCUGCACAGAUCCCGAACCUUCCACAACCGAGCCCUGCGGGCCCCAGCCACCCUGCCCCUCUUGCGAUAUGACCGUCACUGACGGGGAAGCCUUGAUCCAAGGGCCGCCACGGGAUGGUAACUGGACCACUGACGUCAACUGCCGCAUCACGGUGGAAUUUGAGAGCUCCUGCGUUGUCAUUUCGGCCCUGGAGCUGUCGCUUUCGGAGCCGGAUGUGAACGGCAACUGCGUUGACAGCUCACUGACUUUCAGCGAUGGCACAUUCCCCAACUACACCCAGACCGUCUGUGGCUCGCCGGGCGGCAUCUACCGGGCCCUGACCAAUCGCUUUGUGGUGGAUUUCUUUUCGGCCGAUUACGAGAACUCUGGCGACAGGUACAGCCUGUUUGUCCAGGAGGCGACCUGCCCCAACAUCAUUUGGGACAUCCGACCAGGUGGCCAGUGUUCCGUGAGCUGUGGUGGAGGCAUCCAGACCAGGGAGGUGGUCUGCUUACGGACAGACACCCUUGAGCUGUUACCUCCUGAGGCUUGCCCAGCGCCCAGACCCCCAACUGAAGUACCCUGCAAUGUAGAGGAGUGCCCCAAAGAAUGUGACAACGUGAUCACCGCCAACACCCCGGUCACUGUGCUGUCGUCACCCGGCCGCCCCACCUAUGUGACGGACGCGGACUGCUUGAACAAUAUCGUGAACCUGAGCGGUUGCAUCACCCUGUCGUUCCUUUCCAUGGACAUCGAGGGCGGGACCACGGACGAUGUCUGCGACAAGGAUUACCUGGAGAUCAUAGAUUCUUCUUUCCCGGAGCUGAACGUUAGACUGUGCGGCAGCACACUUCCUACAACCAGCUGGCGUUCCAAGUCUGGUCUGGUGAGGACCCGGUUUGUGUCGGACAGCGUGGACACCUUGCAAAGUGGUUACUCCCUCACCUACAUUCUUGAAACAGAGUGCCCCACUGGAAUGUACGUGUUGUCCAAUUUCAGCGAGUGUUCGGCGACCUGUGGCACAGGUAUUAGGACAGCCGAGGCUCUCCAGUGCUUGCUUCCCAACAUGACCGAGGGGACGUUCAACGACUGCCCGGGACUGCCGCCAUCUGGUAUCGAGGAAUGCAACACGGACCCCUGCCCGGAAUUCUAUUUCUUUACCGGGAACUUUGACAGUUGUCCGGUCACCUGUGGCAUAGGUGUCAUGACUCGUGUUGUGGAGUGCCGGCGUGUGGACAACGAUACUGUCGUGGAUGAUUCCAUGUGCACCGAGCCCAAGCCAGAUGUCACCAGGAAUUGCGCAUUGGGCUCUUGCCCCACAAACAGUCUAGAUGUUUCUGAGCCCGCCCAGUCGUACAGUCUGAAUUUGGAUGACAGCGGCACCAUUCGCAGCCCUAAUUACCCCAGCCAGUACCCCAACAGCUUCAACGGGCAGCUGCUUCUCAGCAUUCCUGCAGGCUCCACCCUCGAGAUCGUCGUCAACACUCUGGACAUAGUGUUUGAGACCCCCUGCUCUGAUGGAGACAGCCUGAUGUUCCAAUCCGGGACAGCGAAUGUUCUCCAGAUCUGCUCCAACUCCCUUGGAAUACCUUUCUCCUGGUACAGCCAGACUGGUGAUACUUCCAUCGUCGUCACCUUCACGACGAGUGCGACCAAUGCCGGCACUGGCUUUUCUGCUGACUACCGAGUCUUCCAACAGUAGCCCGACCAAUGCCCGGAAGGGAAGGAGUGAAGAGAGAAAAGUCCACUUGCUGCUGUCAGAACUUGACAUCUUUUCCCUGCCAAGAGGCACAAUCCUUAGACACAAAAUCUUCGUAGAAUUCUCCCUGCUGGUGAUAUUGAGCAUGUCUGUUCCCACGGGGGAAAAAGAAAAGUAAUCUUGGUGGCAUUCUCCACCCACCAGUGUGUUAAUUAUUAAUGGGUACACGCUCAACCUGUUGCUUGGAAGUCUUGAAGAACAUACCCAAAUGUCUCUUAAUUCUCGGCACUUUUUUUAACCCUUUACUUGUUACAUUUUGUAAUACAUUAGGCUAGAUUUUAAAAAAAUGUCCACGUAAUCUGUUUUUAGAAAAUUGGUCUAACUGAUAUUUAACAGUUUUUAAGUUCACAAACUAUAUUUUUUAACGAUUUUGAUGUAUACAUUUGUUUAAAGCUCAAGACAUAAAUUGCUCUGUGAUAAUGUCUGUAUAUAAUUUUGUAUGCGUAGUUUGUAACAGCUUGUUCCGCAUUUAGCUCAGAUGGGGCAACUUUUCCAUUUUUGAUGAGCUUUCUAAAGUUAAAUAAAGGGGAAGUUUUUAUUAGUUCAUGACAGUGUAGUUCAGAGCAGGUCAAAUAUUCAAAACUGACAUCGAACUGAAACUUAAAUAUGGCCGCUUUUUUCAAGCGAAAGAUUGAGAUCAAUUUCAAAGUGGAACAGUUACUGCAUUUUGUAUCAGCAGUUUAUGGAAAUGUGACAACUUUUCAUCUUUACGACUUGAUAUAUGUGCGGCUGAUUUCAUUUCGAUAUGCAUUGUUCCUAAUCAUGUUUUACAUAUUUUGGUAUUUUGAAUGCUGGAAUAUGUGUGUAGCAUUUUAAUCUCAUGUGUUAAAGAAUUUUACCCAAUUUGGUGUUUGCAAGAUUCUUAAUAGAAAAGAAACUUGAAGAUCUUGUCUGGAAAGUUUA